GUAUCGCAGCAGCGCACUGAAGAGCCGGAGAGGCGGGAGGCGCGCGCGGUUCACCACAUUUUUAUCCCUCAUUAUUUGUUCUUCUUCGUUCGUUUCUUUCCUCCUUUUUUUCUCCCCACCCCCCAAAUCUCUCCGCGUCGUGAUUUCCUUCAUCAGAACCACCACCACCACCACCACGACCACGACCACCGCCGCCUUCAUCAUCUCCAUCACCAUCCUCAUCCUCAUCGCGGCUGUUGAUGGCGCGAGGGCCGCGCGGUUCUCGGUCCGAUAGAGCGUCCGGCAGCGUCGGCAUCUCCAGCCUCAGCCUCACCAGCCUCAGCCUCAGCCUCAGGGGAAGAAGAGAAGCGGCGACAGCAGAAGCCCCUGCACGAGCGCUUGAAAACCGGCUGGAGCCUCGAGCCCCCCGUGUCCGGCCCCGCUGAUGCUCGCCUUGCCCCCCCGGAUCUGCUGCCCCUGCCCCUGCGCGCGCGGACCGUGGCCGCUGCCCCCCUCCUGGACGCGUCGACGGAGUAAAAACGCCACAUAUGGAAACAGGGGACCGCAAUUUUAGGAAAAAGGAGAACUAGCCUGCCUGCUUUGUUUUUUUUCUUCUUUGCUUCUGUUUAUUGAUUUAUUUAUUUAUUUCUACGCUCUGAUUUCCUCGGUGAUUCACUAUGGCUUCGUUUUCUUCCCUUUUGCUCAUCAUCGUCAUGUUGCCCCCCACCAUCCGUUUAGUCUAAACCCAUCCGGGAACCUCUUACUUAUUUUUUUUUAAAAAUCGGUUUCAUUUCCAGCUGGCUGUUUGUAUAUAUUGGCACCCCCACCCUCAUUCCUGCCACCCCUAAUUCUUUUUCUCUCUUAUUCCGUAUUGAGCCUCAUAGAUGUUCAGAGCCAUAGGCAGAACCGUGUGAUUUGGUGGGCUUUGCCUUUAUAGCAAAUGCUAGCCAUUGCUCAUACCGACCGGCAUUGCAUGGCCGUUUGGGUUGCACCGCCAGUCUGCUGGCUGUAGGAGUCUAUCUGGAUCUUCACCCCUCAACCUCAUCUCCACAGUCAGGCUGGGAACAUACCGUGGAUCUGUAGCGGGCGCAUGCCAGCCGUCGGCCCGGUAGAGGAAGCUGCCAGCUGUGAGCUUUAGGAAGGAUCAUCUGUAUUGAUUAUCCCACCCUUGACUCAGUCUUUGAUAGCAUACUAGGAUUACCGCUGCAUUACGUCAAGCCUUCAAAUCCUGAGGCUUUUUCUUAGUAAUUCUUAGUAUUAUGUUCUGUAUAAUUGUUAAGAUCCUGCCAGCCUCAGCUUUCGCCAUAGUUUUCAUGAAAUAAGUACGCAGGCCAGAGAGACAGGUAGUCGUCUUCCUAUUUCUGUUGCUGCUGGGUUCAUCCCUCCCAACCCCCAGUUUGGAAUUUCUGCCCCUGCUCUCCUCCUGCCCCACACCCCCCACCUCCCACCCACCUGCACUCCGGUGCUCCAUUUUCUUGCUUGAUUUGGUCCCUUAAAUUUACAAAUAUUUACUUCCUAUACAUCAAGAGGAAAGGGGGUCCCCCUUUCGUAGAAUGCGGCAACAUGGGUCUCUUUGACCGCGGAGUUCAGAUGCUUCUGACCACGGUGGGCGCCUUCGCCGCCUUUAGCCUCAUGACCAUCGCGGUGGGCACGGACUACUGGCUCUACUCGAGAGGAGUGUGCAAAAUAAAGACUAACAACGAAAACGAGACCAGUAAGAAAAACGAAGAGGUGAUGACGCACUCUGGGCUUUGGAGAACCUGCUGUUUAGAAGGUAAUUUUAAAGGGCUGUGUAAACAGAUUGACCACUUUCCUGAAGAUGCAGACUAUGAAGCAGACGCAGCAGAGUACUUCCUCCGAGCGGUGAGAGCAUCCAGUAUAUUCCCCAUCCUCAGUGUGAUCCUGCUCUUCAUGGGUGGUCUGUGUAUCGCCGCCAGCGAGUUCUACAAGUCCCGUCACAACAUCAUCCUCAGCGCAGGGAUUCUCUUCGUGUCUGCAGGCCUGAGCAACAUCAUCGGGAUGAUUGUGUACAUAUCAGCGAAUGCCGGCGACCCGUCCAAGAGCGACUCCAAAAAGAACAGCUACUCUUACGGCUGGAGCUUCUACUUUGGCGCCCUGUCAUUCAUCAUGGCCGAAAUGGUGGGGGUCCUGGCCGUCCACAUGUUCAUUGACCGGCACCGUGAGCUCCGGGCGGCCAAUGCUCGCGCCGGCCGGGGCAUCUCUGCCGGAAAUGCGGACUACCUUCAAGGCUCGGCCAUCACACGCAUCCCCAGCUACCGCUAUCGCUACCGGCGCCGCUCGCGUUCCUCAAGCCGUUCUACAGACCCCUCGCACUCCCGUGAUGCCUCACCGGUGGGCCUGAAGGCUUUCGGGGCGCUGCCAUCCACCGACAUCUCCAUGUACACGCUAGGCCGCGGUGGCGGAGACACACUUAAAGCCUCCCACGGGACACCCACGGCCACCUACAACUCGGAGAGGGACCAUAACUUCCUGCAGGUCCACAACUGCAUCCCGAAAGAUGCGAAAGACUCGCACAGCAAUGCAGCCAACCGUCGUACCACGCCAGUAUGAGCGCCGCAGAGACCCACAGUGACUGGGAGGGGAACUGACUGAACAUGGGCAAGAGAUAGAGAGUGAAAGGAGAACCAUAGAGGUGACAGAAAGGAAAGGGGGAUGAAUAAUAAGAAGGACCGAGGACGAAAAAAGCUCUCUGAGUUGUGAGAUCUUUACAACUAUGAUGACGAUGAUGAUGACAAAGAUUCUGAGUUUCCAUGUUGAAAAAAAGUGAAAAAGUUGAAAAAAGUCCAAAAAAAGAGAUAAAGAAAAUGCAUGAUUUUUCCCAUCUACCGUAAUUUAACAAGUUUUAAACCAUGUUUCUAAAGAAGUGAAGAGGAGCGAAAAUGGGGAGAAAGGUAGCGAGAGAGAGAGAGAGAGAGAGAGAGAGAGAGCAGGAGGGUGCUGUAAGUGGCGUGAGUUUUAAAAGGUUUCUAUUUUUUUGACUCUCUUCUCGGUCUCCAUGGCGACGCGCGUCGCCGCCCCUCCUCCCCGCCCACCUCUCUCUUUACUUCCUGUAUGUAUCCAUCUCAUUCUUUUGCGCAUUAAUACUGUGAAGCAUUGUGGCCGAGGUGUUACCCAGGGCAAGAGACGAACCCGUGCCCCAGCCACAACUUAUAAGUUAAUAUAUGUAUUAAUUAUAUAUGAAUAUAUAAAAAUAUAUGUUAAUAAACCACAGAUAGACUUCCCUGACGCAAGGACAAAAAAAAGACUUGAAAAUAAAAAUAAAAAACAAUGAAAAGUCAAUAAAGUCGUCAUGGAAACAAAAGAAA